UACACGAAGCCGGCCUAGGGUUUUAUAUUUUGGGGGUUCUUUCUCCGCCUUCCUCGAUCGAUAGCUAGAACAGGAGCGUUAUGGCGGUGAUUCUCGCGAGAAUGGAGCUUUGAUUCGUUAGAAGAGCGAGAAAUCGAGUGGAUCGUGCGGGAAAUUUCAGGAUGUCGAGGGCUAGAACGGAUUCCAAGCUCUUUAGAAGCACCGGGAGCGUAGGAAAGCCAGGGAGGAAACCAGCGGUGGGAGGGUCGCCUGUGGCAGCGGCCGCGGCGUCCUCCAUCCCGGUCAAGGAGUCGCCAGAUUCCAGCCAGCAGGUGGAUCCGGAUUUGACGAGAGCGCUCAAGCAGAUCUUCGAGGUGAGGAACUGCAAGCUCAAAGAUCACGGCAGCAGCCACAACAAUAACAGUAACAGCAGUAGCAAGAACAGUAGCGAGGAAUCGUGCCUGACUUUAUUUGGGAGGAAGCUGGCCUCGCCGUCGUCCAGUCUGGAUGGAUCCGACGGGAACACGAAGAAUGUGGCAAAUCAGUACUCGCGGCAAGGGACGGACAAGCUUCCUCCUGCUGCCACGGCUCAUCUUCUCAAGGAGCUCCACAAGCAAAGGCUCAAACAAAGGGGAAUCACUGCCUCGGCCAACGAUUUCCCAGACAUGGGCGAGAUUGAGUUCGUCCACACUGAGAGAAGACCGGAAGUGUCGACGCUACCACUUCUCAACAAUUUACAGGAGAAGAGACCUCUGGAAAAUGCCUCGGAUUGCAGCCCUGAAGCAAAGAGGCAGCGGAUCGAGAAGGAUAAAAGCCUGGAUCUGAGUCUUUCGGUGGAGUUUGGUUCACCAGAUGAAGCAGCUCGAGAUUCGAACAAUACCCAAAGCAUGGACAUUGCUGCUGAGGAGGAGAGGACACAUGCAACCGUGAAGGAUCCGGAGCAGCUCACACUCUUCUACAAUGGCCAAGUCCUCGUGUACGACGACGUUCCAUCCGAUAAGGCUAAAGCGAUCAUGGUGUUGGCUAGUAGCAUCAGCUCAAAGACAUCAUGCUAUACUCCUUGCCUUGCUGCGGCUACUGCCGCUGCGGCGAAGGCUACCGGUGCUGCUACUGCUCCGCCUAUCGUAGUUCCAACCACGGCAAAAGCAUCUAACUCGUUGUACCCAUCACCAAAGGGCACCACUCCAGCGGCAGACAAACGCUCAUCGUCAAACGACGUCCAAGCAAGGAAGGCAUCCAUUAGCAGAUUCCUGGUCAAGAGAAAAGACAGGCUGUCUGCCAAGCCAGCCGAGAAGGCCGAGGCGUCGUCAAAGUCGUCCGCGAAAGACAUAUCGCAGCGCUCGAGAAGCCCGUCACCGGCAGCGUCGAGCAGUCCCGUGACGCCCCCCAGGGCCUCGCCUCCCAGGCUCGUCGACGAGCUCAAGCUCCAGCUAGAAAAGGGGGAGAUGCUCAAGAGAUCCAUCCCGGCAAAUGCUGGAUCAGCAACAGCAGCAGCAGCAGCACCGAGGCAGUGGAUUGGUGUGUAGAGGCGGUGGAGAUGAUUCGCAGUGCCAAGUUUUAAAGGUUUUGGACUGUGGAAGGCAGCAGCAGCAAGCUAAGAACAGGCCAAACUCAGACACACACACACACAGACACUCUCCUCUUUACCAAGUGAGAAAACAAAGAGAGUAUAGCUUAUAUUUGAUACUUAUAACUCUUCUCUUCCAAAAUUCUUGUGUAUUUCUCUCUCUUUCUCUAGUUUUUUUCUCAUCUGGACAGCAUAUUCGCUUGAUGGAUGGACGGAUGGAUGGAAGGUUGAUCACAAACAAUGCCCUCGGAAAGAUUGUGGAGGGUUGCUUUGUAUAGAACAGACAAAAGCAAAGAAAAAUUCUUUGAUUAAAA